GUGCGUUGUAGACGGCGCCCCUUUGCAGACGUGCGGCGAUUCACAAAACGUUUGAUCACCGACAAAAUAUACCAAAUUAUGCAAUAAAUAUAGGCAACAUGAAAAGUUGCGAAUAAUUCAAUACACAAAUAAAAAAUAAAUGAAUACGCAAAAGGAACGGCAUCAAAAACAACAGCCCAAAGGCGAAAGAGAAACAUAAACAAUGCAUAUAGCACCUGGCAGGUGUGAAAAAUGGCGCAUCUGCGGUGUGUGAAUAACCUGGAUCAAGGGAGUUGGCCACAGAACCCUAAGCAAUUACGAAAUUAAUAGCCAACUAAUUGGACUGAAUUGUAUUGAAAACAGUGAACAGUGAGUGAGCAGUGAAGAAAACACAGCAUUGAACAGCAUUGAACUUAGUGUGAACAGUGACAAAUUGGCGAGCUAACGACCUUGCCGAUUGCGGAUACUUUUCGCAGAUCAGCGAACUCAGUCCAGUUGCUUGUUGUGGCCAUGAAGCACGAGAAGACCCUCGCCAUGGCUGCUCCGCACAAGCAGCGUCAUCCGGAUGGCUCCGCCCACGUACCACGCAGUCCCAUAACCAAGGCCUUUGAUUUCCUGCCCUGGACGCGGAGUCGCAGCAAGGUCAACAUGACCAAGGCUCAAAGUCAGCCGGCGGCGCAGCAGGCCUCGGUUUCCACGGUUCCAGCCGCAGACAAAUCCUCGGAGGUGCACUAUCACAAGAACAUCUUCCGCAGCGGCGGUGGCCUCAUCCGUGAUAUCCUGGUGGGCGAUAAGAAUCUGCAGCUCAAGGAUAAGCCACCGCAAUCUCCCGUGCCGUCGCACAAAAAGAAACAGAAGCACCUGUCGCGCAACAAAAGCUUGGAUAUUCGCGAACUUAUUGGCUGUGUGGAGCGGGAAAUUGCACCAGCGACGGGAGGAGCUCCUGUGAGUCAGCCACCACGUUUCAUAGACGACACCUAUAUAGACCACAAGCCCAAGCACAUACUCUUCAAUGACGAUGAGAACACGGUGUACAUCAUUAAGAAGGAGCAGCCCGUGGCCAAGUCCAGUCACAAGGCCAGCAAUUCCACAUCCACGGCAGCCCAAUCGAAUGGAGAUGUUCUGAAGGCGCGGCUGAAGUUCAAGAGAUUACCCGGCGAUCACUAUGAAGCAUCGCCGGAGGCUCUCCGGCGAGCACAUCUCCUCCACCAGCGAUCGGAGCAGCGUCAUCAGCUGCAGCGGCGCAAGAGUCUCAGCGAUCAGCAGAGCAGCUCCAGCCUGAGCAGCGGCGGCGGUGGAGGGGUAGGUACUGCCAAUGGCAAUGGCAGCAUCAUGCUGGAGCGCCCCAAAACCGAUAAGCCGCGCAAGAAGCUAUCCUUCCGGGAACCCAUCAUUGCCGGCGACCAAUUACUACCACUCAUACUCAGCGAACAGCGGCAGGCGAGACAGAGGCGUCGCAGCUCCCCCUUGGAGCGAAGCAGAGGGGGCUUAGCGGGCGUGGACUGUGACAAUUUAUGCAAUAAUCGCACAAAGGAUGCAAUUUCCUGCGGCUGUGCGACAAGCGAUCCAGAGUCUCAGGCGAUGCGCAUCGUACGCACCGUGGGACAAGCCUUUGAAGUGUGCCACAAAUUUAAUCUUCAUAAGAAUUCCCUGGAACCCAAUGACGAACGCUCCGACAUAUCCUCCUCGGAGCUGCUGGACGUGGAGCAGAUCAGCGAGCAGCAGCUAUCCGAGGAUGGUGAACGCGGUGGUGGCGGCGACAACGAGACGCCCAAGAAAGAGCACUUGGCCAUAACGCCCGAUCUGAACCACACGCAGCCGCAGCGGCCGAACCACUUGGAUAUCAUGCCAUCGCAUUCGAGUCUACGCAAAUCGAACAGCCUGCUGUGCGAUGUGGAUGACAAGUCGCCAGGCUCACCUUCCUCGCCGCGUUCUGAGAUCACCCAGCUGAAGGACCAGCUGGAGGCACAGGCUCUGCAGACGCGCCAGGCUCUUGGCCAACUGAUGCUGGUGCGGGAGCAGCUCAUCUCGGAGACCAAUGCGCGCAUCGAGGCUCAGGCGCGUACCCAACAAUUGCUGCAGCAAAACCGGGAGCUCCUGGAGCACCUGGCCUCCUUGGGAGCCUACAACGAGCAGCAGACAGCCGGACUCACCUCGGCCAACAUCGGAAUGGCGCCACAGCAAUCGCAGCUGCAAAUGCUGCUGCAGGCCACCAGCAACAACAACAAUCUGGCCACGAUCAACCAGCAGAUCAGCAAUCUGGGCAGCAUCAAUCAGCAGUUGACCUCGCUGAGUCACCAGUUAAGUGGCCUCAAUCAGCAGAGCCAGCACCUCCAGAAUCUGCAGCAGCAACAGCAGCAGCAGCAACAGCAGCAUCAGCAACAACAAACGCAGGCGGCACCGACUCCGGCCACGCCCCCUCCCGCUGCGGGAGGCAGUAGUCCGUAUCCGUCGAUGAGUGCGCUGCAGAGCAUCAGCAAUCAGUUGCAGCAGCAACAGCAGCAACAGCAGCAGCAGGAUGCCUUGUCCAAGGAUCUGUUUCAGGUGAACCAGGAGCUGCUGAAUCGCCUGCAGGCGCUGAACCUAAACGCCAAUCCUGGCCAGAGCCAGCAAACGCCCGCGGCCUCGGCGCACAACUCCUUCUUCUAUGUGAAUCCCUUGUCCUGCACACCGGCCACGCCCAACAACAAUGCGGGCGGAGCAGGAGGUUUCAAUUUCCUGACCUCACCGGCGGCCACGGGAACACUGACGCCCUCACCAUUGGGCACCAUGAAUCGCAAUUCCUUCGCCGGAAGCUCGUCCUUGAACGAGGACAUUCGCCUGAGCAUCGAGCACAAUCUGAACAAUCUGGAGGAGCAACUCAAGGCAGCGGUGUCCAAUGGCAAUCUGGCUGGACUGGCCUGUGGGGGAUCGACCAGCACACGGGACACCAGUCGUAGCUCCUCCACCCUGGACUCGCCAUCCUCGCCACGUUUGAGGAGCAGCAAUAACAACAUUAGUCCUGGGAGCAGCAAUGGCAACCAGAACCACAACAAUAAUAGCAAUAGCAAUAGUAGCAGCAGUCGCGAAACGCGAUUCAAUACGGUUUUGCUGAGGGUCACCGAUGAGGCGGGUCACCAGAGAAAGCUGUCGGCCACGCCCAGCUUCAUCACGAGGAGCACCAGCGAGAAGGUGCCCAAUCGCAGCCAGAUGAUGAGCCAGGUGCAGAGGACCACCUGGGCCAGGCACACCACCAAAUAGGAGACGGGGUUCGAAACUCCCAGUGGACCAGGGGUCAUAGGUUAAAGGAUAAGGAGCGAGUGGGAGUGGGAGUGGGGAGUGCAUGAGUGCAGGAUCGAGUGAAUGAAUGGGUGGAACAGUAUUAAUUUAGGAGAAAAUGAGAAAAGGAGAAAAGGAAGCCUACUUUAGUUUUGCAUUUUAGGUGUCCUAGUAGAACGCAUCGCUGGCGUUUAGUGUGCCAAUUAUUUGCCCAGCUCAACGUCCCUUUAAGUGUAAUAUACAUGUACAUCUAUCAACUAUUUAGCAAUAACUUCUCGCUCAAAACUGUGCCAAAGUCGAAAGUUUAUAAUACUCCAAAGUUAGGUUAGCUUCCGGCCAGCAGCGAUAAACCUUAGGUAAAAGUAUUUGUGAAACAUAAUCUUAGCAUAUCAGCAACGAAGAAACUUACUCAAGUUCGCAAUAAUCGUUUGAAAGUAUUUUCUCUCCCCUAAAUGAACAACUCUAUCUAUACAACUAGUGAUUAAGCUAAUGAGUCUAGUCUAAACUGAUUAAGUUCGCUACUGUUAUUUUUGUAAAUUGUUGUACUUUAAUUCAAUUUGUGCGUGUCCCGCAUAGUCUUUAUUCGCAAAAAUGCAAUAAUCGUGUGAAAUGCGUUAAUUAGUUGCCAGGCUGGAGAGUUAUGUGUAAAUUACAAUUUCAAAUAUUCGUUUGAACGUGGAAUGCAGGCGGCAAAAAUGAACGGCAGACAAACAGAAAUAAUAAUAAAAAUCGCAUAAUUAUGUAAAAACCUUUGGCGAUUGUUUCCAUU